UCACGAGCCAACACUAGCACUAACGCUGACGUCGACUUUCAUCCACAGCAGCAUAAUGGCCGCGUCGAUAGCAGUCAAGCAGACCAACCGGGACGUUUUUAGAUUGUCUUCCAAAACAGGGAUGAUUCAAAGAAGGUCCACCAUUUUAGGCAGCAUUGUUGCUUUAUUGCUUUCGCUAGCCUCCUUGAUGCACUGUGCUGAGGCCGACGGCAAGACCCUGGUCCUGCUGGAGAACGUCAACAUGAGGGACACACAUUCAAUGUUUUUCCGCAGUUUGUCAGAUCGCGGCUUUGACCUAACGUUCAAGACUGCCGAUGACCCGUCGCUUUCUCUGAUCAAAUAUGGCCAGUUCCUGUACGACCAUCUCAUCAUCUUUUCACCAUCUGUCGAAGAUUUCGGCGGCAAUAUCAAUGUGGAGACCAUUACGUCAUUCAUUGACGGCGGCGGAAAUGUCUUGGUCGCUGCCAGUUCCGAUAUUGGUGACCCGCUGAGGGAGCUGGGGAGCGAAUGCGGCGUCGAGUUUGACGAGGAGGGGACCGCCGUCAUUGACCAUCACAAUUUCGACAAGUCUGAUCCUGGAGAGCACACAUUGAUUGUUGCCGACCCAGAGAAUCUGCUGAAAGCUCCGACCAUUGUCGGUAAAGGCACCAAUAAACCAGUGCUGUUUAAGGGUGUUGGCAUGGUGGCCGACCCCGACAACCCUCUUGUCCUGGACAUCCUCACCGGCUCGUCAACUGCCUACUCCUUUUUCCCCGACAGACCCAUUUCCCAGUACCCCCACGCCGUGGGCAAAAACACCCUGCUGAUUGCCGGCCUGCAAGCCAGAAACAACGCCAGAGUGGUUUUCAGCGGCUCGCUGGAUUUCUUCAGCGACGCUUUUUUCACCUCCAACGUGCAGAAAGCCACGGCUGGAUCUCAGCUAUACGAGCUGACGGGCAACAUGGAAUUGGCCGAGGCUCUCUCCCGCUGGGUGUUUAAAGAGGCCGGCGUCCUCAGGGUGGGUGAAGUCCGGCAUCAUCCCGUGGGAGAGGACUCGCCCCCCGCAGCGUACACCGUCACCGACCUCGUGGAGUACAGCAUCGUCAUCGAGAUGCUUUCCGAGGGCCAGUGGGUUCCUUUCGACGGUGACGAUAUUCAACUGGAGUUUGUGAGAAUCGACCCCUUCGUCAGGACUUACCUGAAGAAAGAAGAUGGCGGAUACAGCGUCCAGUUCAAGUUGCCCGACGUGUACGGAGUUUUCCAAUUCAAGGUGGACUACAACCGACUGGGAUACACACACCUUUACUCGUCCACGUAGGUGUCGGUGCGCCCCCUGCAACACACCCAGUACGAACGCUUCAUCCCUACGGCGUUCCCCUACUACGCCAGCGUCUUUUCGAUGAUGUCGGGACUCUUCAUCUUCAGCUUUGUCUUCCUGCACAUGAAGGAGAAGGAAAAGGCCGACUAAUCCGUUGGAAAGAGGAGUGUGAAAUGACACGAGAACUUUAAAAGCAACUCGAAUUUGUUGGGGUACAAUGGUACUCAAGCGGCUUGUGGAUGUUUUAAUGCGGGUGUUUGGGCUUUCUUUUACACUUUGAGGCCUGUGAAAAAUCUGGAUUCUGUUUGUUACUUUAUACUUUGGUGUGAAAAAAAAUUUGGAAUAACGACGACGCGAUGCGACAACAGGAUAUUAAAGUGACCCUUGUUUCACAAUGUGGUAGCCACAAUGCACUGAACAAAAAAAACUGCAAAUGGUAAUUUGUCCAAAGCCUUGUUUUUUUUUAAAAACAAUAAAAUACUGACAUUCCACACUGA